AGCGGCGAAGUGUCUGUGGGACCCGACUGCGCUCCCGUUACACUAUAACUUCCACAGCGCCCAAAGUUACACCUUAGCACCGAUCGUCCGGGGACGGACCUGUGUCGCAUGCAGGUUACACGGCCAUCUACAUGAUUAAUUUACGACGGAAGUUGCCAGCCAAGCUGAUCCGGACGGACGGUGCUACUUCGGCUUCACGACAGAGGGAGUUACUGAUCUGCUGUCGCUGAUGACUGAAGUUUAACAUACGGAUCGCUUUUUAUUGCGGUUCUGCUGCAAUUUAACGGAAAGGUGUUACAACCCGUCACGAUUUUUUUCGUCAUUUUGAAUGACUGUGAAGAAGAAAUAGACAGAGGGGAGUCUUUUAUAACCAUUUCGACUUUUUAAAUACAAAUUACGGUUUCUUUUCUCCCUAUCUGAUCGUUUUGCUGUUCUGAUUUUGAUCAGUUGGAAUUUCGUACUCUCCUGUGUGAUAUUGGCCAGUGCCGGGGUACAUCGUAAAGCGCAUGAUGUACACGAUAACCAGAGGUCCCAGCAAAUUUGUUACGCAGCGAAGAACAGGUCCCACGCAGCAGAUCGACAGCAAACUCAACGAGGCUAAGAUCAAAUCAGGCGCUUGGGCUUUGACAAACUCUCCGCCAACCAAGCCGGUGUUCCAGCCCCUGAACGGGAAGCGGCACCUCCGCGCGGCGGCGCAGCAGCACGAGGGCUUCACGGCGGCGCACGAGGAGAACGUCAAGUUCGUCAACGAAGCCUGGCAGGAAGUAAAACAGCAGCUGAGAGAGAGCAACCAAUCAGAGCAAGGCCAGGGGCCGGUGCAGUACUCGGAGAAGACCCCCAACCCCAGCAUGAAGAACUUUGUGCCUAUCGAUCUAGAGGAGUGGUGGGCACAGCGAUUCCUGGCCAACAUUGUCAACCUGGCGUGAAAGAGGGCUGAUGUGGAAAGGUGACACCCGAUGGCCACUAGAGGGCGUGCAGACGCACCUUUCUCAAACCUGCCACGUUGAGCAACAGCAGCUGUUGGGAAGUUUAGAAGAGCUGUCACGCCUGCCCCCCUGCCAGGCCCUGGCUGUCUGAACUCUGACCCUUAGGUUACGGCUCCUGCGGGAACCAACAGCCAACUGGCAUCCGGCCAAACUGUCCUUAACUGUGCUGAGAAUAAAUGUGUAUUACUGAGAGAAUCAUUUUUAAAAGUAAACACUAUUUUCAAAA